AUGUACGAUAUUGAUGAAAGGGAGUCAAAUGUUAACUACGAUCGUACCCUAGAGGACAAGCAUAACAAUAACCAGGGUAAAGAGCGAGAGGAAGCUCAGGACAAUGUGGAUGACCAAUACGAUGAAGAGGAGGAUACGCUUCUUCGAUUAUCGGGACUUGCACAUAGAAGGAGAUCGUCUGCGUUCAAUCCAUACGAUGAUGACGAAUAUGAAGAUGAAGACGAAGAAGAGGAGCGGGGGUUCGUGUCUGAGAUUCAUGAACCCAAUAAUGGAGUGGAUGUCGACGAAGAAGAAGACGACGAUGAGGAUUUCAAUGAAGAGGGAAAUCUAGACUUUUUGAGAAGAUUCGUUAACCCUAGGAGGAAUGAUGAAGAAGAUGAAUACAAUAAUGCUAACGAUAUUGACGAUGGCGAUGACCAGGAGGAUGAUGAUGACUCAGUUGAUGGAGAUCCUCGUGCAGAAUUUUUAAGAGCAAUUGGCGUGCUUUCUUCAGCUGGAAGAGGUGGCGCUGCUUCCGGCCAAGGAAACUUUAGGGUACAAGGUUUUGACGACGUUGUUCAGCGAUUAAUGGGCAGCGGCGUGAUCUUUGGGGCAGGAUUUGGAUCUGGAGUUGAUAACACUAAUAAUGAGAUGCAAGGCUUAAUCAAUAACUUAAAUCAAAGAGAAGACACUUAUAUUAUUCUUGAAACUCUUAAUGAAUUGUCUGAAAGGCUACUCAUGAUGAACGGGAUUACUGCUGAAAGGUUUAUCCCUGCAAACAAACUUGCCAAAAGUUUAAUUGAUAUAAUGGAAGAUCCUCAAUUAGCUGAAGAGUUAGAACUACACCUUGUGGCUUGUCGAUGUUUGUAUAACUUCUUGGAAGUCAAUCAAGACUUCAUUCAUGAAGCCCUUAACAAUAAUGCUAUAGUGGCCCUAUGCAAUAAGCUCUUAGAAAUCACAUACAUCGAUUUGACUGAACAGGCGCUUCAAACUUUGGAGAUGAUUUCUAGGGAUCCAAUAUCACAUAACCAGAUUAUUGCCAGUAAUGGGCUCAAGGCUUGUUUGCAAUACUUGGAUUUUUUGACUAUUCAUGCACAGAGAAAAUGCUUGACGAUAGUCUCUAAUUCCUGUACCAAUGUUUUAACUUUAAAUUUCAAGAUGGUUCAAGAUGUUUUUGAAAAUAUUGAAAGUGUUGUCACAAGCCAUUCUGACCAUUUAGUUGUCGAGAAUGCUUGGUUGGCCAUUUCGAGGAUAAUCAUUAGUUUUAAAUUGAAGCCUGAGCUCUUGGAUCAAUUAUUUGAGAACAAAAUAUCCCUUCUUAAAGAACUUACUCAAGUAAUCUACAGAAGUUGCAAUAAGUCACAAAACUUGUCCACGGAUAGCGAACUGUCCAAGAUUGCACUCAAUUAUAGCUCUCUUUUAAGUUUGUUAAAAUCCUUAGUCGUUUUGACCAGUGUUAGUGUUAAUGUAUCGAAGACACUUUUAUCAGAAUGUCGAAUCGGAGACACAAUUGUUAAGUCCUUGAACAAAUACUCCAAAAAUAAGUCUAUUUCCAACCAAAAACCUUUGCAAACAAUUGCAUCGCACAAUGUACAUGAAAAUAUCUCAAUUGUUGCUUUGAUGGCUACACCGAAGGAGUUGCUUUCCCAAUUUCUUAUCCUAAUAGCUUAUUUGUUACCGAUAUCAUACUCCCCCGAAGAUACGCCGUUCUUGAAGAAUGAUUACGAGGAAUUCAGGGAAAAAGAAAUCGUUAAUCAGAAUAGACAGGAACUCUGUGAAGAAAUUGCUGAUUCAUAUUGGAGUUUUGUUACUGAUAUUUGGCCAUUAUUAAUCAAUAGUUUCCUGGCCACUAUGGACUUUGAUAUGCGUAAAAAGGUAUUCAUCUCAAUUUUUAGGAUCGUUUCCUUUAAUCCAGAUACCAAGUUUUCGAAGAUAGAAGGUGUUAGUCUCAUUACUGGAUUAUUGGCUUCCGUUGCAAAUCAGAGCAAGGCAGUAAUUACCAAAGAUUUUCCAUUGCGAAAUGAGAAUUUUGAAAAGGAAAUAGACGACGAUAUUGAUAUGUUGAAUACUGAGGAAGGUGAUCAAAAUGAAUUAGGAAAAGAAGUUUCUGGCUUAAAUCGUUUCGGACACGAUUUAACUAACAAGCCAAGAAGCGAGAGUCAGUUUGUUCCAAAUCAUGAGCACAGUCUGGAGGGUGAAGCUGCAAGCGAGACGGAAGGGCGGGCAUCAACUUAUAGGAGUUUAGUGAAACCACAACUCACGACCAAACUGCAAGGAUUUAUUUUACUUUUAAGCGCGUUGCUGGUUGCAAGGAAUUUGAUUCAGGCAGACCCGACUCUCUUCAUUCAAGACUUCGAAAAAGAGGGGUUCAUCAAUGAUACGUUGGUGAUGUUAAAUUGCCUUGACGGUGAAAUUUCACUAGAGGGUCAGAAUCAUAGACGUGAAAGCCUUCCAAAAAUUUCAGCCAGCUAUACUAAUAAAUAUGUCGAUCCUGAGUUAACUGAUGAAUAUGCGUUUCAACUCACUGAGAACAAGAUACUAUGGGAUGUCGCGAAAUCAGCUAAAGAGGUAAAAUAUCUUUAUGAUUCUUCCAAAGCAUUGGGUCAAUCAACUGAGACGUCAGAGCAUAUGAGGAUCUUGACUGAAAUUAACGAGACAUUAUUGGACAACGAUAGGUUAAGAACGAUGAGUUUCGAUCAAUGGUUCAUGUUAUGGAAUAAACUCCGCAAAGUAAUAAGUGAGACAACGAAUGGUAUUCAACUUUCAAGUUUUGAGCUUCUGUCGUCCAAAAUUAUAGAAACCCUUUCUUUUAUUUUUGCUUCAGAAAAUCACAAUUAUGGAUUCGAAUUUGGUGAUUGUUACAAGGCAUUCAUUUCAGUCUUUUUUAUUGAGAAUGAAAAGACAUCUUCGGUUCUGUUCCUAAUAAAAAAAUUGCAAGAGGCACUUACAAGAUCAGAGUCCUUCGAGAUAAUUUCCUCAGGAGGUAGUGGGAGUAGUACAGGAUUAGAGGAUUCCUCAAAAUUUGGUCACGUACAAACUGCCAUUAUGGCGAAGCAAGUGAAAUUAAAACUUGUUGCCGAGGAAGAGAUUCUGAGCAGCGUACCCAAGAACUUACAGGAUAUGGUAUUAUCCGUGCACGCGAUAGCAACAUUUAAAUCUGUGGAUACUUUUCUCAAGCAAAGAUUGAGAUUUUUCGAAGAUAUUCAAGGAUUGGCUGAAGGUGAUAGGUCAACGGACGAUGACACAGAGGAGAGUGGAAAACCCGGAGGUGGAAUCGAGUUUUCAAUAAAUGGGGAAGUUAUACCAAACGAAACUACAAUUUAUGGUGCAGUAUACAGAUCAAUGCAGAGCAAGAUCGAUGAAAUCAUUGAUCCAAACAAAAUCUGGUCAGCAGUGCAUAGUAUUACAUUUCGAAAAGUAAGCUCAAUACUGUCUUCUGAAAGUAAAUUUACCAAUAAUAAUUUGAAUUCCGUUGAAAGUGAGUUUGAUAUCUACGAUCAUACCACUCUUAGUAUUCUUAAACUUUUGAAGGUGCUAUUCGAGAUGAAUAAUUUUGUCAAGCAUAACAUAUCCAAUGGUAAUCUGGUUGAGGAUAGCAAUUUUAUGAAUUGGAAGAUGACUGUCAAACUAAACAGACAGCUUGAAGAACCUUUAGUGGUUGCAAGUGGUACUUUGCCAGGUUGGUGUAUACAUACUACCAAGAACUUUCCAUUCAUAUUUCCAUUAGAGACAAGGAUGUUUUUUUUACAAUCCACAUCAUUUGGAUACUCCCGCCUCAUACAUCAUUGGCAAAUCAGAACAAAUCAAGCAAGCGAAGACAAUGGGAACUCCAGUAAUGGCCAAAGACCACAACUAGGAAGACCUACGAGGCAUAAAGUCAGGUUGUCCAGAAAGAUGAUUUUGCAAAGCGCAGUGAAAGUUCUAGGACUAUAUGGUUCUACUCCUGGCAUAUUAGAAAUUGAAUACUUUGAUGAAGUUGGUUCUGGUUUAGGACCCACUUUGGAGUUUUAUUCUACUGUAUCCAAGGAGUUUGUUCGAAAAAAGUUGAAAUUGUGGAGAGACGAUGAUUUGGGAAAUAUGGAUGAGGAGGCUUUUAUUUGGAAUGAACAUGGGCUCUUCCCAGCACCUCUCGACAAGCAUCAAGUCAACAGCGAAAAUGGGAGAAAAGUGUUGUACUUUUUUUCUUCGUUGGGUAAAUUUAUAGCCAGAGCAUUGUUGGAUUCUCGGAUUAUUGACUUUAAUUUCAGCACUGUGUUUUUAAAGUUGGUUCAGUACUUCAAUUAUAAUGAGAAACCAGGAAACAGGGAUCUUAAAAAGUUGGCAAACAUCCCUAGUCUUAAACUUGUUGAUCCAAAAUUGGCUAGUUCUAUUGAGCAUUUACUAAAAUACUUGAAACAAUACCCGAGAUUUGGGGCGGUUGAGAGAGAUUCGAUUGAGAUUGAAGGAGCAACUUUGAAAGAUCUAUCCAUUUUCUUCGAAUUACCUGGAUAUCCAGAAUAUGAACUCAUACCUAAUGGUAGUGAAAUUCAAGUUGAUGCAGCAAAUCUCGAAAAUUACAUCAAUAAAGUCUUAGAAGCAACAUUAUAUACUGGCAUUGUCCAACAAACUAAGGCAUUUAUGGAUGGGUUUUCGAAAGUGUUUCCUAUAUCUUCUCUUGUACUUUUUUCGCCUCAAGAAUUGGUUGAAUUAUUUGGGAAUGCAGAGGAAGAUUGGUCUCUUGAUACAUUGACAUCAGCUAUAAAUGCUAAUCAUGGAUUUACAAAGGACUCUGAUGCUAUCAAAUCCUUGAUCAAUAUUUUAGUUAGUUUCACAAAUGAGGAGAAAAGGCUAUUUUUACAAUUUCUUACAGGAGCACCAAAGUUGCCAAUUGGAGGCUUUAAGGCAUUGCGUCCUGAACUUACUGUGGUAAGAAAGAGAGCUGAAGAUAACCUACAGGAUGAUGACUACUUACCUAGUGUCAUGACAUGUGCGAAUUAUCUUAAGUUACCAAAUUAUUCAUCUGAAGAUAUAAUGAGAGAAAAGUUGAUUCAAGCCAUUCAUGAAGGAGCAGGCGCAUUUCUACUCUCAUAG